UUUCGAUUCCAGUUCAUUACCCUCUAGACCUUGUAGAUGGCUCCGAGCGCCACCCCCAACGGCGACGCGCAAGCAGCGACGUCCAACCUCCCUCCGGUUGUGGGUAUCAACUUUGGAAAUACCUACGCCUCGGUGGCGGUCUACACCAAGGAGGGAAUAGCAGAGUGCAUCGCAAAUGAGAAUGGAGAAAGGCAAAUUGCGUGUGCCAUCGCGUUUCAUGGGGAAGAAAUCUACAUCGGCAACCAAGCUCUCCCUCAACUCGUCAAGAACUCUCAAAACACAAUCGCUGGUUUUAGAAACCUUCUUGGAAAGAAGUUCUCUGAAAUCGACCAGUCCCAGAAGAGCGAAUCUGCGCCUGUCAUACAGCACCCUACUGAACCGGACACUCCCGCCUACAAAGUCGAUGUCCUUCAGCCUGCUCCCUCGCCUCUCCCUACCUCGGCUGCAAACACACCGGCUGCCUCGAACGCUGCGACACCGCGCUCGGAACCUGUUCCCUCUACACGCAUCCUUACACCGGAGGAGGUCACCACGAUGUUCCUGGCGUAUCUCUUGAAAGUUGCUUCCGAUUUCCUCGGAAAACCUCUCCAAGGAGCAGUCAUUACCUCUCCGCCAUCUUUCACCCCGGCCCAGAAGGACGCACUAAAAAAGGCUGCCGAGUCUGCCGAUGUCCGUGUUCUGCAGCUGCUGGACGAGUCGAGCGCUGCGCUUUGCACCACAACCUGCCCUCAAUGGCCUGCCGGAGCCGAGGAUCGAACACAGUUGGUAGUCGAUGUCGGUGCCUCCUCUUUGUCUCUGUCCGUGAUCGCACUGCGCUCGGGGUUGGGAUACAUCCUUGGUUCCAAGACGGUCGUCGAUGGCACAAAACUUGGCGGUUCUGCAUUGUCCGCGGCAUUGGUCAAGCAUUUCUCGAAGGAGUUCACCAAAAAGACCAAGACAGAACUUCCCCAGCCGCCGUCGUCCAAGGAGGACAUCCGAGCAACCUCCAAGCUGCUUCUAGCGAUCGAAUACACGAAGCGAACACUCAGUGCCUCUUCGACGCCUGCAUCCAUUUCUGUCGAAUCCCUACACUCCGGCCUAGAUUUCACAGCGACGAUCGCGAGGAUGCGCUUUGACCUACUGGCCGCACCUGUUUACAACGCGAUCUCGUCUGAGAUCAAGUCGCUUCUGGAAACCAUUCCUCUCGACCCGCAUGACAUCGACGAGAUUGCGUAUGUUGGCGGUACGGGCUGUCUGCCGGGACUGGACAGCCACUUGCUGUCGAGUGUCGGAUUCAGUGAGGAUGUCCAGACACCCUUUUCCAACGGAACGAUGGGCAGCGGGGCGAUCGGUGAUCCUACAGGCGUAUUGUCCAUCGGAUGCGCAAUCCAGGCUUCGCUGCUGUUUGGACUUUCUGAGGAUGUGCCCGAACUAGCUCAAGCCUUCGAAGGCGCCGCUCAAGUCAAGACGACCACGCGGACAAUCGGUAUCGUGUUUCCGACCGCGGAAGGUGGGUUGGAUGGGAUGGGUGGAUUCUACAUACCCGUGCUCCACAAGCACACGCCCCUCCCGGCCCGACGGAUCUUUCAGGUUGAGGAGCUUGCUCUCGCUGGAGGCGAGGGUGACAAAGCCAAGAAGUUCGCAUUCGAGGUCUGGGAGGUCGAAGAAGGCGUCAAAGUUGACAAGAUCAUGCCCCCCAAGCGGGAUCCCGAGGAUGGGGAAGAUGAAGACGAAGACGAGGAAGACGAGCCUGAGGAAGUCAAGACCAAGACCGUCUCCAAAACCAAUUUCCUGGGAGCAGUCCAGGGCGAGACUAAAGGUGUCAAAGACAAAUCCAAGAAGGGCGCAUUCUCUGCUUCGCUGCAGAUAGAAUUGGUGUUGGCCGUGGAUGGCGCUCUGUCCGUCUCCGUUUCUGACAGCAAGGGCGAAAAAUCCAUCAUGUCUGUUCGACUCUCGCUCGCGGAGCAAAUUGCCCAGCUCCAGGAACCUGCUCCAGUCGAUCUCGACCCGGAAGAUGUUCAGGCAGGACUUGAUGCUCAAGACAUACUCGUGGACGACAAUGCUCGGGAACAUUACGUAGAUGUGGGCAAUCUUCGGAGGCUACAGAGCGUGGCAGAUCCCAAAUAUGCUGGUGUCAAGAUCUCACGCGACCAGCUGAAGGAGAGAGAACUUGAUAGCGCCGGAGAAGAUUUUUCGGAUGACCAAGACUCUUUCCAUACCCUCGAAUCUCCAGUUGGACAUGAAGAUGAAAGUAAUGGAGAUGGAGAUGGGCCGGUCGGAGAGGAGGACGGGGACGAAGACAUAGAGGAGGACGAAGAUGAAGACGGAACUGGUGGAGAUCAGGAAGACGACGAGGAUGCUAUGAAUGAGGACCCCUCGAACCUUAAACCUCUCCCAACCCCUCCCGCUCCUCAAGACACUGUGAACACGUCUGAGGGAGCACUGUCGUCAACAUUACAGAAGACGCGUGCAGAGGACCGGAAGAAAGGUCAAGCCGUUACGCAACAGAUCGCGAUUUGGGACGCCCUCCUAGAUGCUCGUAUACGACUUCAAAAGUCAGCCACCUGCGCAAAUCGUCUACCUUCGUCUGCUAAUAUCAAGCGAUACGAGGAAAUACCAGAGUGCCGUUCGGCCUUGAACAAGAUGCUUGAUGAAGCCUUCGCGCUGUCAGACGAUCUGUUCAGCCUGCAAGAGAAACUUGUGUCUGCAAAUGAGGUUGUCUCUUUGCCUGCUCGUAAGCGGCGGAAGCUUGAUCUUGAGGGCACCCUCGACGAGUAUUCGACACUACUCAAUGACGCCGCAGCACAUGCAGCUAAUAUCGAGCAUGCAAUCCAUCCACACACGGUCCAGACACUCUCGAAGUGGUCGUCCAAAAUCCAGGCAGUGGCUCCGGCUGCUUUGAUGGCGUCGAGUCGCACGGCUUUUUCUUCACGCAACUCUCAAAAUCUCAAGUCCGCCGUGCAACUCAUAGACGAGACUCUUCUCGAUCACCGCAAAUUAGUCGCCAGGACCCAAGCGCGCCGGAAUAACACUCUGAGGAUCGGGGAAGUUGCUGGUUUGGAUGGCGAGGAGGAUGUUGAUAUCGAGUGCUUUGAUGACAACGACUUCUAUCAGCAACUAUUAAAAGACAUCAUCGACUCUCGGGGGAGCGGCGACUCUGGUGCUGAUCAUUGGCAAGUAGUACAGAAGCAAAAGAAGGCGAAAAAGACGGUCGACACUAAAGCGAGCAAAGGCCGAAAACUCCGAUAUGAGGCACACGAGAAACUGCAGCACUUUAUGGUCCCUGUGCCAGUUCCCGGGAUGUGGCAUGAUGAGCAGAUUGACGAGCUGUUCUCAUCUCUUAUGGGACGGGGAUUAGAAAAUGCAUUAGGGAAUAUUAACCUGGACGCACCUGCGGCUGAAAUACUCCAGGGGGGGUUCAAAGUCUUUGGUUAGAUUGGCACUGCAUGUAUAUGUACACCGACUGAUAAGAGCCCUUGUCGCCCAAAUGCUCUGUCUAAAGAUUAUGUGAUGUGGAACCGAACAGAUACAAAUAGUAUACUACCUCUGCAGGUAUUACUGCGCGCGUCUCUUGCCCUUUGGCACCCAGUCUCCACCACUCUCAACGAGAGGCAAACACGUCUGCUCCUUCAACGACGGCGUGGCGUAGUGGCUCUGUGCUCAAUAUACCCAUCCGUGAACCGCAACUCCUCAGCACCUCGUGAAACUUCCCGUAUUGCGAAUGGACGCCUUUGAAGACGAGAACCCCUUCGAGUCAGAGUCGGGACUGUCUUCGCCUGUCCGUGUCGACUUGUCCGAGCCCCCCUCGCCGCCUCGACGGGAGCCCUCUCUACCGACCUCUCCCAGUCACCAGCUGCCUUCCCCGCGCACCCAGAGGCAAUCUGCGCCUACUCCGAGGACUGAUUUCUGCUGCGCGACGGACCGAGUGCUUCAUUCCGGCGAUGACGAUGAGAUAGUGAUCUCAGAUGCCCAGAAGACGACGGUGAACUCCACUUCACCCUACAUUGUAUAUGUGAUUCAGACCGGGAACGCUGAAGCCCGUCAUCGUUACUCGGAAUUCGAAUCGCUGCGAUUGAAUCUAAUCAAGUUGUAUCCCACGCUCAUUAUUCCACCUAUACCGUCCAAGCAGACUAUCAGCGACUAUGCAGUGAAGCAAGGCAAGGCUAAGGAGGAUGCCGCGAUGAUUGCCAGGAGGAAACGGAUGCUUCAGACUUUCUUGAAUCGCAUUGCGAAACACCCCAUCUUGUCCAACGACCACGUGUUUCAUCGUUUCUUGGAUGGAGAGGUGUCCUGGAACGAGGUUCUCAAUUCUCCCCCGCUUUCUCUGCUGCCGAAGAACAUUCUCAAGGCUCCAUCACAUAAUCCAACGGACCAGAAUGCCUCACCAGCGUAUGCGGCUUUGCCGAAUCCCUCCGCCGCCCAUCCCCUGAGGCAUCCGGAUCAACGGUUCUUGGAUUCUGAAGCUUUCACCCUGAAGUUCGCCAAUCACGUCAGCGGUCCUAUGGAGAAAGUCAGCAGGCGAGUUCUGAAGCGGUGGUCAGACUACGCUCAAGAUCAUGCUGACCUUGGUGCGGCGCUGAAUGGAUUCAGCCUGCACGAGACCGGCCCGUUGUCGGCUGCCAUCGAGAAGACGGGCCAAGCGAUUGAUGCCACAUACAUGUCGACCACAAAGCUGCUCCAGGACGUGGAGCAGAAUUGGACGGAACCAUUGCACGAAUACACGCAAUUUGCCGCCAUCAUCAAGAAACUUUUGGCUUAUCGGCACCAAAAGCAUGUGCAAUACGAAAUGACCCAGGACGCACUCGAAGUCAAGCGAGAGCAGCUGGAGGAACUUGAGAAGAGCGAGCGAGAAGCGCGCCGGUUGGAGCAAGCUCUGAGCCGUGGCUCCGUCGCCAGUGACCCAGCGAGCGGGAGUGAAGAGCCGGCAGUAUCUCGAUCGACACAUCUUCCGCCGCAUCCGGGGCCGAAUCCCUCGAGACGACGAGCACCAGGCAUGGGUCUGCUGAAUGCGUUGAGCUACACACUGCAUGGAAUGAUGGAUGUGGAUCCUGAGACUGCGCGCCGAAACGGUAUAACCAAGACCCGUGAGAGUAUCUCCCAGGGGAGUGUGAUCUGCGGUUGUGCAUUCAGUGCGCUGAACAUCGUUGCAGCUCGAGGAUGCGCUCCAUCUGUCGACUCAGGACCUGAAAUACACGAGCUCCACAAUUCAAGCGGAUCUUGACCGAUUUCAGCGCCAGAAAGUGGCCGAUUUGCGCGAAAUGGCCAUUAGCAUGGCUCGAAGCCAUCGUGAUUGGUGCCAAAAGAACUUGGAAGCGUGGGAGGAGGCCAAGAAAGAGAUUGGCAAUCUUCCAAACCAUCCAAAUCAACUGCCCGCCGCUGAAGUUCAGCCAGGACCGACACCUGUUUCUCGGAGAGAUUCUUCUGCCACGGUGAACGGACGUUAAGAUUUACAUGAACUGGAUUCUAAUGUACAUACAUACCAAACUCAUCGCAUGAUUUGAGUUUGGACUGCAACUCGAAGUUUUCAAAUUUCCGAGCCUAGGACUGAUUGUGUCACGGUCCCACGGAACAUCACCAAUAGUCACAGCUCGUCCGAGACACCAAUUCGAGGAUUUCGGUCUUUGAAUUAGAGUCACCGGUCUAUACCUUCCCUCGUCUAGCGAGACCAUGACGGGAACAGAAUCAGACCCGCUACUUUUCCCCGACGGUCAAAUCGUCCUGAUCUUGGUCGGGCUCAUUGGCUCAGGAAAGAGCACCUUUGCGCAAGCUCUGGCCAACGAGAUGCCUGAAAUCUUUGUUCGCUGCAGCCAAGAUGACUUGGGAGAUCGCCGCAGGGUUGAGCAACUUGCUAGAGACUCGCUUCGACAAGGCUAUUCUGUGAUCAUUGACCGCACCAACUUUAACGCAAUCCAACGAAACCACUGGAUCACCAUUGGGCGCGAGCAAGGUGUACAGUCUUGGAUUUUGGUCUUCGAUACCCCAGAACGGAUCUGUGCGGCCCGACUGCAGACGAGGAUUGGGCAUCCCACAAUCAAAGAUCCUGAACAGGCCAUGUCUAUCCUCGCGCGAUUUUCCUCCGACUACCGGCUACCAGAUGAGACGGAGGGUCACAGCCGAGUUCUGUAUCUGGAGCCUGCGGAGCAGCAUCUACUGUAUUCACAGGACACACUCUCCACAAUUCUUGGUCGACUGCGGGAUUCGUCGCCGAUCCGGCGCUCAGGACUGUCGUUCGACGUGAAACUCAUGGCUGGUGCAGCCAUUUUGUCCAUUCUACUGGUGGUCACGGUGUCGCGCCGUCGCGCAGCCUGAACAGAUGGCCAGCGCUGGCAGCCUUGGCCGAACCG